AUCCGUGGUUGCACUACAAAGGUGGACGAAGUAAAGACUUUAAAACUAAUACGGUAGACGUGACAUUGGUUCUUUGAUAUAAAUAGUAUCAUUCGUGUAAUGGAGAAAUUUACUUAGUGGAUUUUUUUUCAUUAGCUACCCCUAUUUCAUUUUAAUACCAUUGAUGAACAGGAUAUUGGAUAAUCGUAUUUGAAAUUAAAAUUCUAAGCAAUGCAACAGUACCCACCUCCUCCUGGUGGGCAGUAUCCCCCGCCUUCUGGCGGUCAGUAUCCUCCACCUCCUGGUGGGCAGUAUCCUCCGCCUCCGGGUGCUCAUUAUCCGCCUCCUCCACAAGGACCACCUCCACCCUAUAAUGGCGGAUAUGGUCCACCUCCGAUGCAUCAACAGCAACAACAACAGCAGGUUGUAGUAGUACAACAAACCAGUGACUAUGUAACAGUGAAGGAAAACAAAGGAUGCAUGCCAGACACAAGUAAUUGGAAAUGGUGGAACUGGUUGCUCUUUGUCCUGGCUAUAAUAUUUCUAGGGCCAAUUAUCUUAGUACUAGGAUUGGUAUGUUGUAUUCUUCUGGGUGGUAACGGCGGGCAUGACCAUCACCAUCAUUAAAGAUUAUCAAGAUUGAUGAGAGACUUCACUACAAAGAUUUCUCGGGCAUUGGUAGGAUCGAAAUCAAUGAAUACAUUGGUUAUUGUAUUAAUACUAAAGCAAAGACUGUAAAUUAUCAUCUCAUCAAAUCAAAGUUCUUAUUAUCAUUCGGUAUUAUUUGUUUUCAACUAAAGUAAUGUUUUCUAAUUGUCUUGUCUUUCUAACUAUUUAGACUGAUGAUAACAAUACUAGAACGUUCACGAAGAGGCGAGUGAUAUCAUGGAGACAUGCAAAACUCGUAGGUCAGAGAGAAAAAUCGCCAUGACAAAAAGCGAAAUUAAGGAUGAUAAAGUCCACGCAAAAUCCCAUAGAAAAAAAAAUGAGGAGUCAAAAACUAACCCUAGCUAAGAUUAAGAUAGGAGGCUUUUCAAAGGAUAAUCAGUCCUUUCACCAAUAACCAUAUAUAAAACAUUUGAAUAUUAUAAGUUGGCCCUCAAAAUCUUUGUUUAUUAUUUUCCGAUAUUCUUAAUUCCCCGUUAGAGAACAUACAAUGACACGAGAUUAUUACAAAAACACAUCAUAUGAAUAUAUUUGCAUUCACUUGUCAGUUGACUUUCAGUACAAAAUGUGAGUUUAGCACCGGUACACUAGUAAAAUUUCACAUCGAGUAGAUGAAGGCUUUUGUAUUUACAUAUAUAAGUUUAUAAAAUUAUAACCGUAUACUUAUGAAUGGAGACUAAUCAGAUUUGUAUAAAUUGUCUUGAACGCAUCGAGAAAAUGGUCAUCAGCUGGCUCUUAAAUAAAAAUGUAUUCUACUUCAGUGAAAAUGGACGUCAUACUAACCUUCAAAACCUAUAAAUGAACUCAAAUAAAAAAAAACCUUACAAGACUUAUAGAGUCCAGCUGAGGCUCCUGACUUGGAACAGGCGCAAACAUUCGGCGCGGUUAAUCACUCAAUCCUCCCUCAUACCUCUAGCAAAUGUAGAAUAGAAACACAUAGAGUUACGCACAGUAAAACUCAUUUCAAAAAUAAUAAUCUUACCACUAUGAAUUAUAUGAAAAGAAUAUAACUAGUUAUCAAAGGUACCAGGAUUAUAAUACAUAAACCCGUAUUAUGCCAACAACAGGUUUUAGAAUAAAUGUGUUUAUUUCUGAUGCAAAGAUCCUAUGAGUGAAUCAAUAUUAAUACCAAAUAUACAAACCAUAAUGACCAGACAACAUUAUUGUAGCCGAACAAGCCUGUGUAAAGGUUUGGUUAGCCUUUGAGGUACAUGCUGAAAUUAGUGUGCUUUGUAAAGAAUAUCACAAAAUAAAAGAUUGGAUGUGAAUUACCUGAACGUAUAAGCUGUCUUCAUGUUGGUUUAUAUUUACGAAUGAUGUCCUUGAACUGAUAAUAACACUUAGUAAAUGUGUUUGUCGAAAUUAAAGAUUUGCUGUUUAUUCGAAAAUAGGUGGAUUUGUUCCCUGGGAGAAAAAUAGGCAUGCAAAUCCUAAAUUAGGUACGAAAGACAACCUAAUUUUAAAACGUUUAUGCUUAAGUUUGCUCUUUGUACCUUUGCAGCAUAAGUACUUCUUUUUUUUUUUUUUUUUUUUUUUUUAAAUUUUUCUCU